CGCAAUCAAAUGAGAAUUUUUCUUUUUGUAGAGAAUUUUUAAUUAAGGGUUAAAACAAAAAGUUUAUGAAAGAUUUACUUGAAAAUUGGAAGUGAGAAUGUUUAGAAACUCAGUUAAAACAUAUUAUGCAUCAAGAAGUCUCGAGGUCCAAAGGCUUAAACAUACAAGUAAGUUAGAUGCAAUAAGAGAAAAACUUAAGGAGGGCCCAGGCCUUGUUGAUUUUGUAUCUGAAGACAGGCCGAAAAACUGGGAUGACUAUGAGGGUAAGCUUAAGAGGGAGAGGGGAGAUGCGGAGAGACUGAGGUUACCACCCUGGCUGAAAACAUCUAUACCCACAGGUGCAAAAUUUAGUGCCCUUAGGGAGCAGUUGAGAGGCUUGAAACUGAGUACAGUGUGUGAGGAGGCUCGCUGUCCCAACAUCGGAGAAUGCUGGAGUGGUGGCAAGCACGGAACAUCUACAGCUACUAUUAUGCUCAUGGGUGAUACAUGCACCCGCGGCUGUCUGUUCUGCUCCGUAAAGACGUCGCGGGCGCCUCCACCACUCGACCCCGAUGAACCAAAGAACACAGCUCAUGCCAUACACCAGUGGGGCUUAGGGUAUAUAGUUCUAACUUCCGUAGACAGAGACGAUUUGCCGGAUGGUGGUUCGGCGCAUAUUGCCGAAACAGUAAAUGAAAUUAAAAAAUGCAACAAGGACAUACUGGUCGAGUGCCUGGUGCCUGACUUCGGCGGCAGUCGCGACAGCGUGUCGCGUGUCGCGCGCAGCCCGCUCGACGUGUUCGCACACAACGUCGAGACCGUCGAGCGACUGACGCCGAACGUGCGCGACCGUCGCGCCGCGUACCGUCAGACAAUGAAGGUUCUUGAGACGGCCAAGGAGAUCAACCCGGAUCUGGUGACCAAGUCCUCCAUCAUGCUGGGGCUGGGCGAGACUGAUGAGGAGGUGGAGCAGACCCUCAAAGACCUACGCGCCGCGGGCGUGGACUGCGUCACUCUCGGGCAGUACAUGCAGCCGACGAAGCGACACCUGCGAGUGGCCGAGUACGUCACCCCGGCCAAGUUCGCGGAGUGGGAGGCGCGGGGGGCGGAGCUUGGGUUCAUGUACACCGCCAGCGGACCCCUAGUCCGCUCUUCGUACAGAGCCGGCGAGUUCUUCAUAGCGAGCCUCCUGAGAGACCGCCGAGCCAACACGCAGUGACACGACACCGACGGCCGCACUCACAACAUUAAAUGAUUCGUUAACUAGAUGUAGGAUGAGCAAAUAUACAGGAUGUUAGGUAUAACACCGUUAUCCUUAAAAUGAUUGGGUAUGAAGACGGA